AUGUAUGGUUCCUUAUUUCCUCUAGGAAAUCCCACGAAGAUGUAUGAAGUCGUCUACCAAGCUGGACCUGAGACCCAUUCAGACUUCUAUGACAUAGUUUUGGUGGCCACUCCACUGAAUCGGAAAAUGUCCAAUAUAACUUUUCUCAACUUUGACCCUCCAAUUGAGGAAUUCCAUCAAUACUAACAACAUAUAGUGACAACUUUAAUUAAGGGGCAAUUGAAUUCAACUAUUUUUAGCUCCAGAGCUUUAGCUGAGUUUGAUCUUAGUACAAUCUUAACCACAGAUAAUUCAGAUUUGUUCAUUAAUAGCAUUGGGAUUGUAUCUUCUGUGAGAGAAAAUAAUAAUCUUCAACCACCAACAGAUGGCACAUAUAUUUGGAAGAUCUUUUCCCCAGAAAUUCUUACUAAAGAACAAAUUUUAAAGCUCUUUUUGUCCUAUGAUUAUGCUGUGAAGCAGCUGUGGCUUGCGUAUCCCCAUUAUAAACCUCCAGAGAAAUGCCCCUCCAUCAUACUACACGACCACCUUUAUUACCUCAAUGGCAUAGAGUGUGCAGCAAGCGCCAUGGAGAUGAGUGCCAUUGCAGCCCACAAUGCCGCUCUCCUUGCCUAUCACCGCUGGAAUGGGCACAUAGACAUGAUUGACCAAGAGGACUUAUAUGAGAAACUUAAAACUGAACUAUGAAAUAACACUAUCAUUUUCCCCUCCUGGUAACAAACGGAGCAUCACUGGCAAAAACAACACAAUCUGAGCAAAGAUGAUUGUGAAUCAUGUAUUUUGUCAUCAUUAUUAUUAAACUAAAAUAACCCCAGUGAGUCAUGAGGAAAUACAAGGUUCUAAUUGAGUGUGAAGGUGUAACUAUUGCAUUUAUGUCAUCUCUAAAGUUUCUUCACUUUUAAUAUCCAUAAAUAGUAUUUCCCAAACUUGUCUAAGAUUCACCAGGAGUUUGUUAAAUAAUGGAUUCCCUAGCUCCUCUGGAGAUUCUCGUUCAGUAAGUCUGGGGGUGGGAUGCUGGAUUUUGAACAAAACCUUAGAGCAUUUUAAAUAAGCUGAACACUUGAAAAAUGUAAAGAUACGUCUUUCAGUUGGGAACUAGUUCAUUUGUGCUUCAUAGCUGGAUGUGAUCUUUAGCCAGAUAGUUAAAACUAUGGGAGUUGGUAUCAUAUGCCUGGCUUUAGUUAAUAAUUUAUGCCCUUUAAAGUAAAAGUGCCCAUGCUUGCAGCCUUGA